CGGAUGGAGCUCAGGAGGCAGCAGCCCCGCGAUCCAAGCUGUCCUUUAAAUGUACAUAUAAUAAGAUUGAGUAUUUCCCUCAGCCAGUAAACACCCUGGCACCGACGCUUGGCUUAUCUUAACAUCUAAAAAUGCUCCAAUAAAUGAUCAUAUGCUAUAAAUGGAAUUUUGGCAGGGUCCGCCCCUAUUGAUUGUAUAAUUGCACCAAGGGUUGCACACUGACUGCCGUGCAGCAAGCAAGGUGUUUGUAACCCGCGAUACAUGGCGCACUUGUACCUCCACACUGGCUUAUUGCGACUGGAUUGUUAUCGCAGUGCGAGGGGUUAGUGCUCCACACAGGCCGGGAAGUAACUGACCUUGGCGACUGCUUCUUUAUCUGUCGCUGCCGAGUGGGCGUUCUGUGUGUCAUUGGCAAUGUGCUCCCAGCUGUGGCUCCUCACGGACAGGCACAUCCAGGAGGAUUACCCGCAGAUGCGCAUCCUGGAGGCGCUGAAGAAGCGCUGUGCAGAUCAGAAGGUGGACUUCACUUUUGUCUUGAUGGAUCAGAUUGCCCUUACUGUCACUGAUGGCAAGCUGGGCUUGCAAAUUAACCAGAAGACUGUGACUGCUUACCCUCAGGUGAUACUGGUGCGGGUGCCAACGCCAACCGUGCAGUCCGAUAGUGAUAUAACUGUACUAAGGCAUCUUGAGAAACUGGGCUGUCGCCUGGUCAAUCGUCCUCAAGCCAUUUUAAACUGCAUAAAUAAGUUCUGGACAUUUCAGGAAUUAGCUGGUCAUGACAUACCUUUACCAGACACCUUCUCCUAUGGUGGCCACGACGAGUUUUCGAAAAUGAUAGAUGCAGCAGAACCUUUAGGGUAUCCUGUAGUUGUAAAAAAUACCAGAGGACAUCGAGGAAAGGCAGUGUUUCUUGCCAGAGAUAAGCAUUACCUGUUAGAUAUAUCCCACUUGGUGCGCCAUGAUGCACCCUACCUUUUUCAGAAGUAUGUAAAGGAGUCUCAUGGGAAGGAUGUCCGCGUGGUGAUAGUUGGAGGACAAGUGGUCGGGUCGAUGUUGCGCUGUUCCACGGAUGGCAGGAUGCAAAGCAACUGCAGCUUAGGUGGGGUUGGUGUCCCGUGCCCCCUCAGUGAACCAGGGAAACUGCUAGCUAUGCAAGUAUCCACCAUUCUGGGUUAUUCCUGUCACAGGGAGGAGGCCUUUGUGGUCCCAGUGUUAGUAAUCUGCUACGAAGGCCUAAUAAAGCAUGGCAGCUGUGGUGCUGGUUGCACCAUGGGGUCAAGAGGAUUCAUGGCACUAGAAAAUAAUCUUGACACGGGACUGGAGGAGAGGGGCAACUGUGACUUGG